UCAUCACAUUUCUUACACACACACACACACACAUACUCUCACGCACUUCAAGCCGCGUAUGCCGGUGCUGUAGAGCAGGUUCUUACUUACUUGUCGUUAACAGACGAAUGAACGCUGUUCUACAUAGCCUUUCAUUUCAGUUCAGUUUUUGAAAAGAAUUUUUGCACGGAAUAAGAGACAUUAUGUCCAGACAGCUCACAAUGAAUCCAGCUUUCCUACCUCCGCAAACUAACGGCGUUUUGAAGGCGCUCCUGGAAAAACCUCUGAAACUACCUUUGCACCAAGAUGAAGGCUACGGGAAGGAGAGAGAGAAGGUGAAAAAGCUGGAAGAUGAAGGAAACGCUCCUCAAUCAGCUUUCUUAGGGCCAACGCUUUGGGAUAAAACAUUGUCUUAUGAUGGAGACAACUUUCAGUUGGAGUAUAUGGACCUUGAGGAGUUUCUCUCUGAAAAUGGCAUCCCCUCUAGUCCCGCACAACACGACCAAAGCCUCCAUCACCAGCAGCAGCAACAACAGCAGCAGCAGCAGCAGCAAGCUUCAAUGCCUCAGGGCCCCAUCUCAGUCAUGGACCUCAGCAGCCGGGCCAUCACCUCCAUCCAUACGGGCAUGGUUCCUCAGAACUGCCUCCACAGCCCGGGCAGAACACCAGUUUUGCCUACAUCACGUAACACGCCAAGUCCAGUAGACCCAGAGGCCAUUCAGAUACCAGUGAGCUACGAGCCCGAUCCGGCAGACCUCGCUCUAUCCAGCGUGCCGGGCCAGGAGGUUUUCGACCCACGCAAGCGCAAAUUCUCCGAAGAGGAGUUAAAACCUCAGCCUAUGAUCAAGAAAGCACGCAAAAUCUUCAUUCCUGAUGAUUUGAAGCAGGAUGAAAAAUACUGGGCACGGCGAAGAAAGAACAACAUGGCUGCCAAGAGGUCACGGGACGCCCGGCGCCUAAAGGAGAAUCAGAUUGCCAUCCGGGCUGGUUUCCUGGAGAAAGAAAACGCGGCUCUCCGACAGGAAGUUGCCGAGCUACGAAGAGAGCUGGGGCGGUGUAAAAACGUCUUAACCAAGUACGAAGCUCAACACGGCCCACUGUGAGACCACCCGGGUGCUCCUCAACAUCCCCCUUGAAAUUCGAAGGACAAUACUCUUGGGUUAAAGUCCGCUGGGCCUGUUUUCCAGCCAGCCUCACCUCAGUCUGUUCUUGGCACCUUAGAAGGCAGAAACGUUUCAUUGUGAGAUUUCAGACGUGUUUUUAGAGAUCUACCCACUCUUUUUCUCUAUUUGUUAUUGCAAACAAAGCCGUUGUUUGCGGAUCGUGUUACUUUUACUUUUACUGUGUCGUAGCAUUUGUCCACAAACGUUUUACGCCUUGAUUUGUCAAAUCUGAGCUAGUGAAUCUGCUGUUCACCCAUUGUGUAUGAGAGGGGUACGUGUGCAUAGCUGCUUCAGGCUGCAGAAUAAAGACAUUAUUCUCACAGACAGAACAGAAUGUAGCAAGAUUUGAGAGUUUGAAUUCAUACAAUCUAUAUUUACUAAAUAUCUGUAUUAGAAAACAGACAAUCGAGUUGCUUAUGUUCCAAAGUGUAAUGAAAUGGAGCCACGUGGAGCGUGAUUAAAAUUGGCUGUUAUUUUAUUAUAAAGCAUUAGUUGUUUGUUUGGUGUGGUUAAAGGGUUACUCCACCCCAAAAUGAAAGUUUUGUCAUUAAUCACUUACCCUCAUGUCGUUCCAAACCCGUAAAAGCUUCGCUCGUCUUCAAAAACAAUUUAAGAUAUUUGGGAUGAAAACCGGGAGGUUUGUGACUGUCCAAUUGAUUGCCAAGUAACGUUAAAUAACACUAUCGAGGCCCAGAAAAGUAUGAAAGCGUCGUCAAAAUAGUCCAUCUGCCAUUAGUGGUUUAACCAUAAUUUUACGAACAUACGAGAAUACUUUUUGUACGCAAAGAAAACAAAAAUAACGACUUUAUUCAACAAUUCGUCUCCUCCGUGUCACCGUAGCGUCAUUUUGGAGAGUAUCCGUUGGACGCAAAAAGUAGCUUCGUAAACUUAUGGUUGAAC